GGAGACUAUGCUGACGAUUAUCACCUGCUCAGUUACAAGGCCCUGUCUGCCCUCAACUGGGUAUCCCGUCAUUGUGGCCACGUACCCUGGACACUGCAUGCCGACGAUGAUCUCCUGAUAGACGUCUUCCUUCUGCAGGAGGUGUUGCAGAAGCUCAACACCUCGCACAAACAGUUCCUAUGCAAGUUGACGAAGGGGCCUGUGAAUCGGAGAGGCAGGUACAAGGUAACUAAAGAAGAAUUCUCCAACAACUGGUACCCUUCUUACUGCCAGGGGCCAGUGUGGGUACUGGCGACGCAGUACCUGCCCAGCCUGUUGCAGGCCUCCACCAGAGUCAAUUACCUGUGGGUGGACGACGUCUACAUUACUGGCCUGCUGGCCCGCCAGACUAACCUUACUAUCAAUAACAUAAAGAGUAAAGUUGCCAGUGGCAGGUACAAGAAAACAGACGUCGGGAAGAAGAUAGCCUGGUUCCACUUGAACGUGAAGAUGUCGACAAUCUGGCCGGAUAUCUUGCAAUAUCAUAAGAAAAGAAAAAAAGAAGAAGCCAGUGAAAGUGUGAGUGAUGCAAACGGGGGAUGAGGGAGGGGGGAUGAGGGAGGGGGAAUGAGGGAGGGGAGGAUGUGCAUACAAAGACACUCAGGUGUGAGGAGAGAGAGAGACUCCCGUGUCAGGAGACACACUUAGUUCACCACCAGACACCUGUCGUCACCCACCACCAUCACCACCAUCACCACCAUCAUCAUCACCACCACCACCACCACCAUCACCACCACCACCACUACCACCACCACUACCACCACCAUCAUCACCACCACCACCACCAUCACCACCACCACCACUAUCGCCACCACCACCACCACCACUACCACUAUCACCACCACACACCAUCACUACCACCACCACCACCACCACCACCAUCACCACCAUCACCACCAUCAUCACCACCACCCCACCACCACCACCACCACUAUCCUCCAUCACCAUAAUAUC